AUGCGGAACUCCUUAUGGGGGCUUCUGGGGAGCUGCUUUUUGGGCACCCAGCCCCUGUGCUCCCAGGUGCCGGUGACUUUCGAGGACGUCGCGGUGCACUUCAGCAGGCAGGAGUGGGCAAGCCUGGACGAUGGGCAGAAGGAGCUGUACAGGACCGUGAUGGAGGGCAACUACGAGACGCUGGUGUCCCUGUACUGUGCCCUAUCCAAGCCGGAGCUCUUAUCUCGGAUCGAAAAAGGAGAAGAGCUGUGCACGCCGGCCGAGUCAGACCUGGAGGGAGCAGACGUAUCGCCAGAGCUAGCCGUAGAGCCGGACCACCCGAGCUGCACGAGCGAUGAUGGUCUGCUGGAGAUGAAGACAAAGGAGCCUUGCGAGGGGAACUGUAGGGACCCGGAGGAAAGCGGGAGCCUGGCGGUCACAGUGAACUGCAGGGCGCCAGAUGCCGAGGUGGGGAUCCCAAUGGAGGUACUGCAGGAGGAGGUCGCUGUGGAGAAGCCGGCAGUGCCUGAAACGCCCCCGAAGGGUCUGGAAGAGGAGGACGUGAAAGAUUCGGGGAAUGGUGGCCAGGCAGAUGCCGAGGUGGGGAUCCCAAUGGAGGUACUGCAGGAGGAGGUCGCUGUGGAGAAGCCGGCAGUGCCUGAAACGCCCCCGAAGGGUCUGGAAGAGGAGGACGUGAAAGAUUCGGGGAAUGGUGGCCAGGGUCCGGCGGCAGACGUUCCCGAAGAGCCGGGUAAGGAGGCGAUACCAGAUGUCUGCAGAGCAACGGCACAGGCAGAUCCCGGCUGCGCGGUCGCCUCCCUGGGAGAGCCCGUGGAGGGCUCCUGCAUGGGCCGGACUGCUGCCUGCCAGCGAAACUCCACCCGGGAGAAAUUCUACUCCUGCCCCGUGUGCAGGAAAAACUUUCUGCUGAAGAUCAACCUCGUCAUCCACCAGCGGAGCCACAGCAACUGGGUGCCUUACAUCUGCGUGCACUGCGACCGGAGCUUCAUGUCCAAGAGGAAAAUCCGGCAUCACCUGCAAGCCCGGGCAGCCAAAGGGUUCUGCCAGCCCUUGGAGGCGGAGGAGUGCUCCGGCCAGGCCCCGUGCCCUGCCUCCCAGCCCCGAGCCCUGAGCAGGGACUGCGGCACGGUGUGGGGGAAGCCCAGCCCCAACAGGUACCCGCUGUCACCUGGGAAAAUGAUGUAUACGUGUAGCGAGUGCAUGGAGAACUUCUCCAGCCAGAGCUUUCUGGUCCUGCACCAGCGACAACACACUAACCGCCACCUCAUCCUCUGUCCCUGCUGCAACAGGACCUUCACUUGGGCCUCCGACUUUGUCCGCCACCACCGGACCCACACGGGCGAGCGGCCCUACCAGUGCGGCGUGUGCCAGAAGGCUUUCAAGCGGCGCUACCACCUGAUCGUGCACCAGAGGAUCCACGUGCGGCAGAAGAGGCCGUACCCCUGCAGGGACCAGCUGCCAAUGCCGGUGGCACCCGCGGUGCAGGCGGUGGAGAGGAAGGUGGAGUCGCAGGCCCUGAGGCUGCUGAGCCUGGAGGGGAGAGCGGAGACGGCCGAGAAGAAGGUGACGGGGCUGGAGAAGGCGGUGCUGGACUUCGGCAGCCGGCUGGAGCGCAAGUGGGCCGCCCUGGCCGCCCUGGUGCAGGAGAACACGCGGCGGCUGGAGCACGUCGAGCGCCAGCUCCAGCACCGCAGCUGCUGGGCCCCCAGGCCCGGCCCGGGCCCCGGCGGGGACGAGCCCAAGGUGCCAGCGGCGUGCGAGGACGAUGCGGCCAGUUUGCCGGAGCAGGAGUGGGGGAGCUCAGACAGCCGGCAGAAGGAGCUCUACAGGAUCGCCAUGAAGGGGAAUUACGAGGCUGUGGUCUCUCUUGGGCCCGGGGACGCCAGCUCCAAACUUGCUCUGCUGCCGCCGGCCGAGGACGGGGAGGAUUCGGGUACGAGGACCCAUGGGCUGCCGGAGAAGAGAGCGGUGUCGGGGCACCUCGGCGGCGGUGAGAAGAUCGUGAUCAAGACAGAAGAGCAGCAGCCCCAGGAGGAAGCAUCUGAAAUCCUGGCUCUGCCGCAGGCACCCUCAGUGAGACUGGAAGAGGAGGUUCCCCUGAGCCAGGAGCAGCCGGUGCCCUGGGAGAGCCACGUUGGCUUGGACGAGCAGAAGGCAGCAGGAGAGGGCCUAGGGGAGUUCUGCAAACACGGGACCGCCCAGCCCGAAUUUAAGCCCGUGGUGGUGCCGGUGGAAGCUCACCCUGCCCCGGGCUUGCCCUUCCCAACAGAGCAUGUGCUCGGCAUGGGGACUGACCAGCCGUUCGCCCUGCCCCAGGGAAUGCCUCUGGGAGAAGACACCACCGCAGAGACGGCCUCGUCGCAGCCCAGCUCAGAGGAGCAUCGUCCCUGCACCGCGGGGGAAGAGCCCCGCGCGCUCCCGCUGGGCUGGAAGAGCGUCCGGCUGAAGCGCAACCUCCUGGCGCGGCAGCAGAGCCAGGCGAGGAAGAGCAACGGCUCCUUCAUCUGCACGGCCUGCGGGAAGAGCCUGGCCCACCAUGCCGCGCUGCUGCGGCACCAGCGCCUGCACACGGGCGAGCGUCCCUUCCAGUGUCCUGCCUGCGGGAAGAGCUUCAACGAGAAGUCCAACCUCAACAAGCACUACCGCAUCCACACCGGGGAGCGUCCCUACCGCUGCCCCGCCUGCGGCAAGGGCUUCAUCCAGAAGCACCACCUCCAGAAGCAUCAGCGCAUCCACGGGGUGCAGCUGCGGGGCGGGUGGGCAGGCCGGCCCGCGCGGGCCAGCGCCGCCGGUCUACCGCUGCAUCGAGUGCGCGGAGAGCUUCCCCCAGAAAGCGUCGCUGGAGGAGCACCAGCGCCGGCACACCCAGCAGCGGCCCUUCCAGUGCAACGGUUGCAGCAAGAGUUUCCGGCACCGGCAGUCUCUGAACCACCACCAGAAGGUCCACGCCGUUGCCAGUUCUCCUGCCAUCAGCUUGCCGAACCAUGACCAGGAGACCAGACCCUGCAAAGCUUUGACCCAGGAUAAUCCGUAGCGUGAGGGCUGGAGAAGGGAAGGGGCAGCGUUUCUCCAGGCUGCUCCGCAGAGGUGCAGCAGCCUGCAACGACGGGACACACCAGGCAGCUGGUGUUACACCGCCGCGGGGCUCAUUGCACUGCCGCGGGGCUCUCCGCAACGCCGCGGGGCUCUCCGCAACGCCGUGGGGCUCUGCACCACCUGGGUCUCCAGGAGGAGGAGGACGGAGGCAGGCUGAUGUGCUGCGCGGGCAGGGAAACGUGCUGGGGGGUGAAGAGACUGGCCCAAGAGGCAGCGGAGGAGGUUCGGCAGCCAGGGCCAAGCCAGUUUGUGCCGCUGCCCCGUGGAAGGGGGAUUCGGCUGAGGAGCAGCUGUGUCGGGUGCGGCGGAGCGGGGAGUGGAGCGGUUGAACUCAGGGUUAUUUAAACACCACCAGCGUGGAGGUGGCGUGGGGGCGUUCGGUGGCCCGAGGAGGGGGCUGCUGUGGCUGGGCAGCAGCCGGGCUCACGGGAGGAGCCGGGAAGAGACUCGGAUAAAAGACUUG